GUUUUUUUAAACCUAAACAAAGUUAAUACAUUAAGUUUUAGUAAAAUGCGCCGCAAAUUUAUAAUAAUACUUUUAGGAAUAAUAUGCGCUUCUACUCUUUCGUCCUUGUUCAGCGCUUUACCAGAACGACAGCCGAAUAAAUUGCUUUUGAACGUUGCAUCCGGAAUCGUUGGCGCAGGAAACUUUACGUACUGGCAUUUGGGAUACACUGGACCUCUGUCGAUAGAGUUGAGGUCGUUAUCCGGCGACGCUGAUCUUUAUGUCGCAUAUCACAUGAGACCUGGCUACGAAGUGUUCGAGAAUGAAUACAGCUCCACUACAUGCGGUCUCGAUGUUGUGUACAUCCCUGAUGACUAUCUCAGACCGAUAGGCGUCGGGAUAUUUGGUCACUGGGCCUACGAACAAUCCGAGUACAAGAUCCGCGUGUACCAGGACAAUACUCCGGUGAUCUACCCCAGGGUGAUGGCAGGGGAGGAGACCUCCUACAAACCCAACGAGUACCCAGAAGGCGACGCUAAACGCGAAAGGCGGGACAAUGAUCGGAAAACUGAAGAUGAAAACAAAUCUAGAUUCAUCAUUCCACUCCUGAAUAUACUGGAUACGCUAAUGGAUUUUGUGUUUUUGUAAACGCUUUUCAGUCCGAAGUGAUCUGCGGUGAUUUGUUGAUAGAUCAAUGCGUCUUGACGGGAAUAAACGAAGUACCUUGAGCGUUGCUUUAUCUAUUCAAAACUUGGCGGAGUCACAACGUGGUGAUGUUUUGUUUUUUUUAAGGUAUUUUAUGACCUGGUAACUAAGACCU